UCAAGAAAAUGAUGCAGCAUACUUUUUCAAGGAGGCAGGAGGUUCUUCAGGAGCCAGCAAUUGCAGAGUUUGUAGACAGAUGGCCGGCACUUUUUGACAUCUGUGAGAUCAACUUUGAAUUUAUGCGACUGACAACUGUACCUCUGACCUCCAAAUUCCUUGGAGAACUGGACUGUCACUCUGGCAAACUGAUAGAGAUUUUUAAUGCCAAAGGUGGUGCUGCAGGAAGAAAGAUCAGCGCCAUAAUGGCCCAGAUGAAUAAUAAUGAAGAUGUCAAUGUGAGGCGAGAUUGUGUGAUGAGCUGUCUGAGCAUCUAUCUCAAUGAAGACCUGGACACACUUGUUAAAGAAUAUGUGGACAUUGAAUCCAGAGAGGCAGAGGAAGACAUGGCAGGAAAGACCAUGGGCAUCUACAAAGUACAAUCAGAGGAUCAUGGUCAAGGUGAUGGACGCUUCACUGAUGUCCGUGUUGUGCUGGAAGGUGUGGAGGUUCUCCACAACCUGCAGAGUGUCACUCAUGCAUGCGUUAUGUUAUAUGGCCUGAUCUACGCGCUCAAUUUGAACUACCCUAAAAGCCUGAAGUGUACAUUUGAGGUGUACCAAAAAAUCCUGAUGGACCUGGACUCAACCAAGCUUUCCCCGAAAGUACAGACACUGGACUGAAAAUGGACUGGACUGAAAAUGGAUCU